UCGUGCCAAGCAUUAGUUGUCGAUAUGAUGGAGAAGUCCCCUCACGAAGACAUAACUGGCGGCAAGGUCUCGCCUCAGCUGAGCAGUGAUGCAGGCUAUACUGCCGAGUAUCCUGUCGAGAAGGCUCCUCUUAUGACCAGACUCGGUCUANACCCCGAUUCGUUCAAACGCCGCACUCUUGACGACAAGCACAAUCAACUGAACAAGACUCUGAAGGGUCGUCAUUUGAGCAUGAUCGCGAUUGGCGGUUCCAUUGGUGCUGGGCUAUUUGUGGGUUCAGGCGGUGCAUUGAGAUCCGGAGGUCCCGCAUCGCUCUUGAUUGGUUUCGGCAUCAUGGGUAUCAUGAUCUUCAAUGUCGUCUACGCUCUUGGAGAAAUGGCCAUCAUGUAUCCCAUCUCGGGCGGCUUCUAUACUUACUCUGUUCGCUUCAUCGAUCCUGCGUGGGGUUUCGCCAUGGGCUGGAACUACGUCUUCCAAUGGGCUAUCGUCCUUCCACUUGAACUCGUCGUCGCAGGUCUCACGGUCAACUACUGGGGUGCAGAUGUUAAUGUCGGCGUCUGGAUCACGGUCUUCUUCCUUCUUAUCGUCAUCAUCAACAUCUUCGGAGUCCUCGGCUAUGCUGAAGAAGAGUUCUGGGCGUCGCUGCUGAAACUAUCCACUGUGUCCAUUUUCUUGAUCAUGGGUGUCAUCUUUGUCUGCGGAGGGNGUCCUUCCAACGGCAAGUUCAGCGAGUAUCAAGGCGCAAAGUACUGGUACAAUCCGGGCGCAUUCGCCGAUGGUUUUCCCGGUCUCUGCUCGGUCUUUGUUACUGCUGCAUUCUCUUUCUCUGGAACUGAGCUCGUUGGUCUUGCUGCUGCAGAAUCUGCUACCCCUCAAAAGUCUCUUCCCUCUGCUAUAAAGCAAGUGUUCUGGCGCAUCACUCUUUUCUACAUUCUGGGCUUAUUUUUCGUCGGUUUGCUUGUUCCUUACAACGACCCUCGUCUUCUCGGAUCUGGUGGCUACCUCGAUGUUUCUACUUCACCUUUCGUCAUCACCGCCGUGGAUGCCGGUAUUCCUGCAUUUGGUGACUUUGUCAAUGCUGUCAUUCUGGUCUCGGUCAUCUCAAUCGGUCUAUCUGGUGUCUAUGGAGGAUCUCGUACAUUGACCGCAUUGGCUGAACAGGGCUACGCUCCCAAGGUCUUUACAUAUGUCGACAAAGCCGGUCGUCCUCUAUGGUCCACCAUCUUCGUCCUCGCGUGGGCUCCUCUUGCCUACAUUACCCUUGCCAGCACAGGUGUCAUUGUGUUCAAUUGGCUGCAGUCGCUUUCCGGUCUGGCUGCUCUAUUCACCUGGGGUUCCAUCUGUCUUGCGCACAUCCGCUUCCGCGCUGCUUGGAAAUACCAAGGCCACAGCGUUGACGAGCUUCCUUUCAAGGCUGUCUUUGGAGUUGUCGGCUCAUGGAUUGGACUGAUUCUGAUCAUCCUAGUCCUCAUCGCUCAGUUCUACGUUGCCAUCAAACCCCUUGACGCCGAGGCCUUCUUUGCUUCCUAUCUUGCCAUCUUCGUUGUCAUUGCCUUUUAUAUCGUCGGGUGGCUGUGGAAGCGCCAGGGCUGGCACAGGCUUGCUGAUAUCGAUGUUGACUCUGGCCGUCGUGAGAUUGAUUGGGAGCACUUUAACAAGACGAGGGCGGUGUACGGGUCGUACCCCAAGUGGCGCAAGUUCUUGAGUCAUCUGUUCUAG